AUGUUGGCAACUUCCAUCUUGGAAGAACAUGAGCAAGCAGUUGGCGCCUCAAAAUCGUUCAAGCUCAAGAGCUCCAAGCUGCUUCAGCACAUGAAACGCCUGAGAAAGUCAAAGAAUGAAAGCUCAGCCAAAUUGUUGGAGGAUGAACACCUUCAAGCAGAUGUGAAAAUAUCCUACAUCGAUGUUGGAUCUGAGACCGACCACCCAGUUCUCAACAUACAAGACUUUCUCAGGAUGUUGGGCCAGUGUGGGCAACUUGAUGUUCUCACAGGUGGCUUGGAUCUCUUCAAGGCCUGCCAAGAGUUUUGGCACCGUUACUCUGAGGAAGAUAAGUCCCACCCAGUCUUUACUGUUCAUGCAGACCACCUGAACAGGUGUGUGCCAAUGUGUGUGUACGCCGACGAAGGCCAGUCGCACAAGAAGACAUCUUUUAUGGUCUUGGCGACCCAACCCGUGAUCGGCAAAGGCACUUUGGCGAGCCUGAAGAGACCUGGAGCCGAGUCUGAGAUGGGAGCGAACAUGGCUGGCAGUAGCCUCAUCACCCGCUUUGUGUUCAGUUGCAUGAGUUCAACUCUGUACUCAAAGAAACCGGAAGUGUUCGACAAGUUGGCCAAUGAACUUGCUACGCAGUUGGACGCAGGGUUCAAAGAUGGCAUUUCUGUCCUUUAUGGAGGUGAUGAAACUACGCUGUACCCAGUUGUCUUGUACACCAAAGGCGACUGGCCAAUUUUAAAGCGGCUGGGUGCCUUGAACAGGACGCAUCCUCAAGCCAUCGCCAACCUCAGUGAGAGCAAAGGUGUCUGUCACCUUUGCAUGGCGGGUACAGAGAAGUACCCAGACUGGCACCAAUGCCAUCAGGCAUCGUGGAUGUGCCCGGAAUCCAUUUCGGACCCGCGACCUCCCUGGUCUCAGCAAACUUUGUUUACACAGCUAUUGGCAAGAUCACCGAGUCUUUGGGGGAAAACGUGGCUUUACCGCCCGGACCUUUUCCACACUGUGCACAAGGGGGUUUGUGCAGAGCUCACGGGGUCUGGAUUCGCAACUCUGGAUUCCUCCAACUAA